CGGGGGCACCGGGUGGAGCCGGGCCGGGCAGAGCGCGUUGGGACACGGCACCGCCAGGGGCUCCCAUGCCUGGACGCCGGAGGCAGCGUGGCCCCAGCAGCCUGGAUGCAGAUGGAGCAGGCUGGAGGCACCAGGGCUGCCCCCCUAGUGGAGCCUGGGGGCCCAGAGCCCACCCCAUUGCGGGCGCUGCAGCCUGCCGAGCUCUCUCUCGCCCCUGGCGGGCCAGCAGCGGUGACGGCCUUUUCCAGGACCCUACGCCUGUACAGCAGCCCCGUGCCUGGGGGCAGCGCCCCCUCCAGGCCCCUGGUGGUGAUGCUGCCCUGGUUUGGCGCCCGGCCCUGCUCCAUUGCGAGGUACCUGGAGCUCUAUCUGCCGCGCGGCCUGGACGUGCUGGUAGUGGAGAGUGACCUGAGCCACUUCCUAUGGCCCCGGCACGGGCUGACCUACGCGGCCUGUGUGCUGGGCCUGCUCCGGGACAGCCAGCCCUUCUGCUCCCGCCCGCUGCUUGUCCAUGCCUUCUCCAUCGGCGGCUACACCUUCGCCCAGAUGAUGGUGCACAUGAGCCGGGAGCCGCAGCGGCACCGGCAGCUGGCAGAGAGGAUCCGGGGCCUGGUGUACGACAGCCUGGUGAUGGGCAGCCUGGGGAACAUGGCGCUGGGCGUGGCUCAGAUGAGCAGCUCCCCGGCCUUCCGGCCCCUCGUCAGGGGAGGCACCAGGCUCUACUUCAGCCUCCUGCACGGCUGCACCGUGCGGUACUACAAAGCGGCCCAGGGCGUGGUCUCCCGGCCGCCGCUUCACUGCCCCGUCCUGCUCUUCUAUUGCUGCAACGACCCCCUGAGCGACCCCGCCCGGGUGCAGGAGCUGCUGGAGAGCUGGAGGGGGGCGGGGAUCCAGGUGCAGGCCCAGGGCUGGCAGGACUCGUGCCAUGCAGCCCAUCUGCGCCAGCACCCCCAGGAGUACCAGCGGGUGCUGCAGGGAUUCCUGGAGCGGCUGGACCUGGCCCUGCUCCGCGCCAGGCUCUAGGAGCUGGGGCUGGGUGGGCCCAGGAGCCCCCCCUCACACGGCUGGGGUGACAUGCAGCUGCUGCCGCAGCCCUGCUCGUCCCUGGCAGGCAGGGGACUGCUGCCCUCCCAACACCCAGCCUCCAGCCGUGCCAUUCGCCUUCCUCAGCUGGCCCUGGCGGGCAGGCCAGGGUCCAUGGGCACGGUGCCCGACUGGGUGGCCUUGGGCACAGCGCACGGUACCAGCUGCUACACCAUGGACACCCCGGCCACAGGAGGGGGAAAGCCCUUGAGUCCUCUGCCCCAGGGAGGCAUGAUGGGCACCUGCUUGCUCUAGCCCCACUGGGCUGAGUGGUGCUGGGGCCAACAGGGAGCAGGUGCGGGGAGGCAGAUUUCCCCCAGGUGGGUUGAUGAGGGGGGAGGGCAGCCCUCCCCUCGCCCAGUCUCACCUCUGCCCCGGGCUGGACUGGGACAGGCUGCUGGUGGCUGCGCUGGACAAAGAUGAACUCGCAACUCAGCGGCUCCACCUCCCACCAGGACCCAGCUGCCGUUGUGCACCUGCCCCCUCCCGGCACCGAGCAAAGGCCCCUCGCAGGGCCUGGGGGAAUGGCCAGGCGGAGCAGGGAUGGGGGCUCGGGGGAGCAUUUCAUGCUAGUUUCAACAGUUUUUUAACCCCAUCUGUAAAUUGGUUUGAAAUCCCCCCGGCCACCGGAUCCUGCCCUGAUUCCACAGUGCAGCUGCCACUGGUCCUCUAACCACGUGCCCUAGCCCUGCUCAGGCAGGCCCUGGGCCCAGUCCUCACCCCCUUCUCCCGCGGGCUGGAGUCCAGCUCCGCGUGCUCCACCCCACCAGCCGCUGCCAGGCCCGAUGCUGCAUUACUUUAUUAUUUUUCAAUACACAAUUACAAACACUGGA